AUGACUGAUGAGAAGUCCAAGAAUAAUAUCAGAGAGAUAUAUCGUCAUGAUCAAAUGUCUAACCAAGUGCUGAAUCGAGAUAGGCGGUUCGAGGACAGGAAAACCGAUAUCAAGACUGAUGCUGAGAUGUCUAAUCCCAAAACACUCCGAGGUCAUGUUUCACUGAAGGAUAUGGGCAGUGGACUUAAUAUAUCCAAGUCGACUGAUGAAGAUAAGGCUAGGAUUUUGGAGGAGUUACAAGAUGAAAGCAUAUUAGAUGGGGAUCAGGAAGUCCCGGAGAGGUCUCCAGCUCUACCACUAAUGCAAAAUAAGUCCAUUCUGGAAUUGGAUGAUGUACCCAAGCUAGUCUACACUCCCACUGAUUCUAGUAAUCGGGAUACUUACAGUAAUUUACUCACAUGGUGUACUGAUUUGUUAGGAAGUGAUGUUCCAGAGGAUAUUAUAUUGGGGACCACGGAUCUUAUUAUCUCUCUUAUUAAAGAAAAAAUAACAGAUACUAAUGCUAAGGAUUUGAAGCUAGUUGUAGAAAAAGAAUUAUUUACACGAUUAAGAGAUUCAGACUUCAACAAACUUUUGAAGCUAGUUGAUUCAAUAUCGGAUUACAAACUUGUGGAUAACAAUAAAAAUGUGGAAGAUACUACUGUACCACUUGUAAUUAAUGAUGGUGGUGAUAUUAUAGACACUAAUGAUUCCUUAAAAAACCCACUACUUAUCGAUGACUCUGUUCCUAAAGAUAAUAAUGACUAUAACGAGAAGAUUAAAAACCUUGAAAACGAUAAAGACAGCAUACUAAUCAAGGGCAACAAAUCAUAUUUACCAACUGAUAUCCCAGCUACUCAAUUAACCGAAGAAUACUUGGUAAAUUUAUUUAAAACCGAAAUUCCAAAUAACGAUCCUUAUGUCCUGUACAGUAAAGUUAUUGCCUCAAAUACUGAUACAAACAAUAUGAUACAGAACUUGAUUGAGUCGGUAGGCGAUGAUGUGAGUUCUACACUGAUACAAUUUAUCAAACACAAUGGUAUAAAAAUCAAAUGGGCACAUGAAUUUUAUAAUUCUCAAGGAAAUGAAACUAGUGUAAUUGAGAGAAUAAAAAAUAGUGGCCAAGCUGAUAUAGCAGAAGAGUUCAAAUUACUUAUAAAUGGGUCAUCACGCAAGCGUAAAUCAUCAGAAGACAAAUCUGAGUAUGAUUAUCCCGACAGUAUUCCUCAAAAAAAACAGGAUACAAUGAUUAAAUUCAGUACUAAUGACUUAAAAAAUUUAGCCUCAGCUAAAAUAUCUGGCAACCUUUCACAGAAUAUAACAGUAACAUUACCUGAGGGGUCAUUUAAAAGGGUAAGAGAAAAUUUAGAAGAAAUCCAUAUCCCUGCACCACAGAAGCCUGUAUAUGAGUCUGAGUUAAUUAACAUAUCUGAUCUUCCUAAAUGGGCUCAAAAGGCUUUUCCAUCGAAAGAAGUUACGACUCUUAACUAUAUACAAUCCAAAGUGUACCAUAAAGCCUUUCACGACGAUAAAAAUCUUUUAAUGUGUGCACCUACUGGUGCAGGUAAAACAAAUGUUGCAGUAUUGACAAUAUUGCAAGUCUUAUCGCAAUAUAUUAAUGAAGAUACGGACUCAUUAAAACUUAACGACUUUAGAAUUGUCUAUGUUGCACCUUUGAAGGCGCUAGUCCAAGAACAAGUUAGAGAAUUCGAAAGGAGACUAUCAAAUUUUGGUAUAAAGGUAUCCGAACUAACUGGUGAUACAACACUAACUAGAUCUGAAAUAGAGAAAUUUCAAGUCUUAGUUACCACACCUGAAAAAUGGGAUGUUCUGACUAGAAAGAAUGACGAAAAUGAUAUUAUGCUAAAACUAAAGCUUCUCAUCAUUGAUGAAAUUCAUCUUUUAAACGACCAACGUGGACCUGUAUUAGAGAGUUUAAUAAUGCGUGCCAAAGAGAACUGUCGACUAAGAUCAAAUCCUAGGAUUAUUGCACUUUCUGCUACUUUACCAAACUAUGAGCAAGUUGCUAAAUUUUUACAAGUUCCCGAAGAAUCCAUAUAUUAUUUUGAUAACUCAUAUAGACCAUGUCCAUUAUCACAGGUGUUCUGUGGUGUCAAGUCUACUAAUUCUGUAAAGAAAUUAUCUUUUGUGAAUGAAGUUUGUUUUGAGAAAGUCUGCGAUGCAGUUAAAGAUGGCCAUCAAGUCAUUAUUUUUGUACAUUCCAGAAAAGAAACUACUCGUACAGCUAAAUUUAUUGCCGAUAAAUUUAGCUCUCUUGAAAAGAAUAUACUCUUUUUCGAAGAAAACUCGAGAUCAAUUUUAAAAUCAGAAGGCGAGAACUCCAAAGAUAUUGAUCUCAAAACUUUAUUACCUCAAGGUAUUGGAAUUCAUCAUGCCGGUCUAGCCAGAGACGAUAGAUCUUUAUCUGAAGACUUAUUUGCAGAUGGUGUCUUAAGAGUAUUGGUGUCAACCGCUACUUUAGCUUGGGGUGUUAACUUACCAGCCCAUACUGUUAUAAUCAAAGGUACUGAUAUAUACUCACCUGAGGUGGGCAAUUGGAUAAGACUAUCUCCUCAAGAUUUACUGCAAAUGCUUGGUAGAGCAGGUCGUCCUAGAUAUGAUACUUCUGGAGAAGGAAUAAUUAUCACAAAUCAAACAGAUAUUCAAUACUAUCUGGGAAUUUUAAACCAACAACUUCCAAUAGAGUCGCAAUUUUUAUCAAAAUUUGUGGAUAACUUGAAUGCUGAAAUUUCUCUCGGGAUGGUGAAAACUAAAUUGGAUGCAAAAAGAUGGAUAAAGGAUUCGUACUACUACGUUAGACUUUGCUAUGAUCCUAGUACUUAUCUUCCGGAAAACUUCAAGGAGAUAGAUAACGAUAAGCGUAUUUCUUGUUUCAUAUCAGGCUUGAUUGAUGCUGCUAUUGAAUUGCUAUUAUCUAUGUCAUUAAUAAUGAUCGAUAAAAGAAAUGGUACAUAUAUUCCAACAAAGCUGGGCAGAAUAGCUUCUCAUUACUAUAUUAGCUGCAAUUCAGUUGCAAAAUAUUUUCAGAGGCUCAAAAAGACUUGUUCAAAGUCUGAGCUGUUCCAAAUAUUCUCAGAAUCAGAGGAAUUUAAGUAUGUUAGUGUGAAACAGGAAGAACUUAUUGAACUCAAGACCUUAUAUGACAAAUCACCAAUCCCCGUUUCUGUGCCCUUAGAAGAACCUUCUUCUAAGAUCAACCUUUUACUACAGGCGUAUAUUUCAAAAAUAAAGCUCGAUGGAUUUGCUUUAAAUGCAGAUAUGAUUUUCGUUACUCAAAAUGCUGGACGACUUUUGUCAGCAAUGAAAGAAAUCUGCCUUGUUUUUGGCUGGUCAACCACAACAAAGUACCUUCUGGAGUUAACUAAGUCAGUACACUAUCAAAUGUGGCCCGUCUGUACACCAUUAAGACAUUUCAAAACUUGUCCAAAAGAUGUAAUUAGGAGAGCAGAAUCUUCUAGCUUUCCUUGGCAGAACUAUCUCAAACUCACAAAGGCAUCUGAUGUUGGAAAGGUUAUAAGAAAUGAGAAAUAUGGGAAGUUGGUAUUAGAUUUAUUACAACGGUACCCCAAAUUAGAAGUGAGCUAUAUCUGUCAACCUAUAACGCCAAGCUUAAUUCUGAUACAACUGGAAAUUCUUCCAGACUUCGUUUGGGACCCUAAAAUUCACGGAUUUGGCGAAAUAUUCUUUGUAUUGGUAGAAGAUGUUUCGGGCUCGUCAAUUUUAUUCUCUCAAAAAAUUGUUAUAAAAGAAUCUGAUGUGGGAAAAGAAUAUGUAUUGAGUAUUCCUAUUCAAUUAUCUGUAUCACAACAAAAAAGACUCCCCCCAAACAUCUUCAUCACAGUUACUUCAGAAAAAUGGAAUCAAUUCUCUAAGGUCCUACCAAUACAACUGAAUAAUUUGAAACUACCUAAAAAACUUCCAUCAAAAGAAAUUGUCAACAGUAUUGAAUCUCUGAAUUUAUCUAAAGAAUUACCUAGUGAUUUUGUGAAGGCACUUGGCUUCAAUUCUCUGAACAAAAUUCAGAGUGACGUAUUUAACGAAGUAUAUCAUGGAACCGAGAGCUUAUUAGUUUGCUCUCCACCCUGUACAGGAAAAACAACACUAGCAUUACUUGCCACUCUUUCACAUAUAAUUAAUACCAAAGGUAGAAUUAUUUAUGUUGUGGGGAAUGAAAAAAAACUUCAAUCAUGUUAUGAAAAAUGGAUGAUCUUUUUUAAGUCAAUAAAUGAUAGCAUCAAGGUCGGGAAACUAGGAGGCAAUCUCCAAGAUAACUUAAUUACUUUUUCUCAUUCUCACAUAACUCUGACUUCGCCGCAGCAGGUAGAAGUGUUAACUCAUAGGUGGAGGAAACUGAAAUUACUACUUGACGUCGACCUCCUAGUUUUUGAUGAUAUUCAUGAAAUAGGCCAGGGACUGACAGGAGCCAACUACGAGAUUGCUGUUUCUAGAUUCAACUUCAUCAAAACCCAAGCAGACUUCAACCCAAGAAUAAUAGCAUUUAGUAAUUGCCUCUUGAAUCCAUCAGAUAUUGCUGGUUGGAUUGGAGUUAAAAAAGAAAAUACACAUAACUUCGCGACCGACGAAGAUCAGAGUUAUAGGGUUAUAAAUAUAAAAGCGUUUGAAAAUAUAUUUGCGAACGAUUAUACAAGAUCAAUGCUAUUAUAUGCAACUAGUUUUGUAUUAUCAUCGCAAUCAACUCUGGUGAAAAAUGUCCUAUUAGUAACGACCGGAAAAGUUGGUGCUUUACGUGCUGCAAAUGAAAUACUAGCCUUAUUGAAAUCAAAUUCUAAGCUUCACAAAAUAAGUGAAAUAACCGACUUUGGCAUUGAUCAACAAGACAUGGAAAAGUCUGCUCAGAAGUAUCUAUCUUACGGUAUCGGGCUAUGUCACGAAGGCAUGAAACAUGCUACAAUCUCUAAUAUAGUUAAUUUGUUCAACGCUGGUGUAAUUUCUGUUCUAAUAUCAUCUAGAUUCACAAUGAUUCAGAAUAUCAAACCAAGUCAAAUUGUUGUUUUAGGCACAAGCUGGCAUAACUGUGGAGAAAGCUCCCCAGUACACUACUCAAUAAACGAAAUUAUGAAUCUAGCUAAUUUAAGCUAUCAUCAUUCAUCAGAUGUUACUAUUUUGACCGAUUCCAACAGACUACCACUUUAUAACAGAUUUUUGAAUGAUGGCAUACCGGUUGAAAGUUUUCUUUAUGAAAAGUUGAUUGAUUUGUUACUUACUGAGGUAGUCAUUGGAACAGUAAAAUCCAGGCAAGAUUGCCUUGACAUACUAACUUUCACUUAUUUCUACCGUAGAAUUCAUAAUAAUCCAUCUUAUUAUGGUUUGAAAGAUGCCAGCUCCUUAUCUAUAUCAGGUUUUCUCACUGAAAUAGUUGAAACUGCUAUUAAUGACUUGAGCACUUCUCAAUUGAUUAAGCUUGUCAAGGGUUUAAGCUCCGACGAUAUUCAUAAUGAGAUUAUUGAAGAAACCACAUGGUCCAGAAUUUCCACUAUUCAUGGCAUCUCUGCUGCUACACUAAUUGGUUAUAUCCAAUCCUUAGAUGGCAAAACAACAUUAACUGAUAUGUUGCAUCUUUUAGUCAAGACUUCUGAAUUAUCAGCAAUUGAAUUUCAUGAGGAUACGCUAUCAAUAGUUCAUAAGUUAGCGGCUUUAGUACCAUUGAAAUUCCAAGGCAUAUCUAAAAUGGAGUAUUCUUCAUACGCCUCUUUUGUUUUAUUACAAUGCCAUUUUUCUCGCAUUUCUAUUCCUUAUGAACUAGCAGACCAUAUCAAUAAAAUAUUACUUGUGAUACCGCAAUUGCUCAGCUCAAUGAUAGAUAUACUUGCCAGCCAAGGCUUAAUGAGUGCCCUGACUGUGAUGGAUAUGUACCAAAUGGUAAUGCAAGCAUUAUGGGACAUUGAUAGUCCUUUGAAACAAAUACCAUACUUUACAAAUGAUAUCAUAAAGAUUUGCAAAGAAAAGAACAUUGAUUCGGUAUAUGACAUUAUGGAGUUAGAUGAUGACGUAAGAGACGAAAUAUUAUCCUUUAAUGAUUCCGAAUUACUAAAUAUUGCAAGCUUUGUUAACACUUAUCCAAAUAUUGAAAUAGCUCAUGAACUGGACCACAAGGUAGUUCCAAUGGGAAGCUCACAAAAUAUUACCAUAAACAUAUUUCGAGACGAUGUACCUGAUUCGCUUGAAACUAUAACACCAUAUUAUCCUGCAAAACACCUUGAACAUUGGUGGAUUGUAUUAGGUGAUGUUUCAAAGCAAAAUGUCUAUGCUAUUAAGUAUGUUAAACUCCCUUCGGAGAGCAAUCACUUUAAACUAUCAUUCUCGUUACCGGAACGAGGAACACAUAAAUUAACUAUUUGGGCUAUCUGUGAUUCCUACUUUGAAGCCGAUAAAGAGUCAUCAUUUGAAAUAGAAUGUGUAUGA